AUGAGUGAUAUGUUUCAGGGAAAUAAAAGUGGAGUCUCUUAUGGAAGUCAAUUUGAUGCUUUAGGUGCUAGUUUUGGUAGAAUUGCUCCACAAGACAAACAAAGUAUAGGAUCAAAUAAUGGAGGUGGCAGUUUUGCAUAGGUUUCUGUUUCAUUUUUGGUACAACCAGAUCAAUACAGAUCAUCAGUGGGUUUGGAGGAAGGGGCCCCUCAAAUUCAAAUAUAUGAAUAUUAAGAGCCUUAAAAUUAGAAAGGAAUAUUAUUCAGAAGCAGCGGAGAUUUCGAAAUGUAAUUUGAAGAGAUUCGAAUGGAUCGAUUAAAUAUAGAUUAGCAAUAAAAGGUAGAGGAGGAUGCCUAAUAAUAGCAAAAAAUGAAUUAGAGACAGUCAGAUGAAUUUGAAAUGAAAAUAUAAUGUGCGGAGCAAAUUAGCACAAAUUUUAAACCUGAAAUAAAUCAAAUGGUGAAUCAAAAUAUUAUUGAGGAGAACAAGAAUCUUUUCAACGUGAAUAUUUCCAAAAGCAUUUACACUAACAAAAUAACAUAGCUAGUUGAAUAGACUUAAUAGAAAUUGAAUUUGUAAAACAGAAAUUAAACACCAACUCAUCUAUCUAAAAGCCAAUAAAAAUUAUAAAGGAAAUCACCAAAUUUAUAAAGAGAUCAUUCUGAUUUAUCAUCAGAUUUUAAUCAAUAGAAUAGUAAUGAUCCUAAUCAAGAUCCAAUACAAUAAAAACUAGCUAAGAAUAGAGAAUCAGCAAGAAAUUCUAGGGCAAGAAAGAAGAUUUAUUAUGAGUUAUUGGAAGUGAAGGCUUAAGAAUUGCAGAAUGAAGUGGAUUCAUUAAAAUAAUAAAUUUAGAAUUAGUAAAAAUACGCAGAAAUUUGUAAUAAAUCUUAAGAAAAAUUUUAAAUGUUCUUAGAAUAAUAAUAAUUAUUGUUUGAUAAACUUGAGACAUAUUUAAUUAAAAAUAAAGACAAUAUGGAAAUCGGGAUGAUUUUGGAUGCAUUGAGAUAUAGAACCAAUUCAAAUAGUUAAGAGAGAAAUGAUGCUGCAAGGAACCACUUCGAUUAAAUGGUAGAAGUCUGUUUACCAAUUCAAACUAGAUACUUGAUAUAUGCAUUGGAAAAGAACAAAGAUUUUUUUGCUUAACAACCAAAUGACUAUUCUGAUUGGAUGGUUGAUUCUUUCUAAAAGACUGAUAUUAAGCCAGAACAAAUUGUAAAGGUUAAAAAGAUGAAAACUAAACUACAAAGUGUAAGGAACAAUAUAUCUGAAUCAAUUCAUAAAAUCAAAGAAUAGUUGAAGUUAAUUUAGAGUGAAGCUUUGAAAGUUGAUUAAAUGUGGGAACAAUUGAAGGAAUGCUUAACACCUAUUUAAUUGGGUUCGUGUAUCUUGGCAAUGAGAUAGAACCAAUACAGACAAGAAUUGUAGACAUCUUCAUUGUUUCUGCAACUCAAGAACUCUUAAAUGUCAGAGGAAGAGGAUGUACAAGGUAGCUAAGAAUAAUUUACUGCCCCGAAAAACAGAAAACUAAUAAAAAAGUCAUAGAAUUGA